CGGACAGAAAGGCACAAACUGGCCCAGAUGAAGCUGAGAAUGCAAAUUUGACGAGAUAGAGGGAGGAAGUGAUGGCAAACCCUAGAAGGAACAGCCAGAGCUCAGAAAACCCAUUCCACAUCCAAAGCCGAAGUUUAAGCCUAAAUCUAAGCGUUUCAUGGUCAUCACUAGUACUCUUUCUGAAGAAGCCCCAUGCCUUGCCUUUUCUGCUCUCAAUCUUCCUUUUGCUUACAUGGGUCUCUCUGAGGCUCCAGCACUCGUCCUCUCUUCAUUCUCCUAAUCUCAGUAAACCAUUAGAAAAGAAUAUCAAGGACGACGGCAAAGCCAAUCUCGUUAGAUUCGGUUCUGGGUUCCCUUCUCAGAUUGCAAAAGAUAAGAGGGGAUGGUUGCUCGACCCCAUUUCCCUUGCCCAACACUAUGGCAUUUCUGGUGGAGCUGUUAUUUGUGCUUCAGUCCAUCUUGGAGAAGUCCGGCCUGGAGGUUUAAGGGGAAACCACAGACACCAUUCUUGUAAUGAAACAUUUGUCAUAUGGGGAGCAGAAACAAGGUUUAGGCUGGAGAACAGUAAGGUAGAUGAUAAAGGUUAUGCUGAAGUCACAAUUGGUGCAGAUGAGGUUGCUGUUGCAGCUAGUCGAAGCGGAACUGCCCAUGCUAUAAUAAACAUAGAUCCGGUACGGACGGCAUACUUUAUAGGGUGCCAAGACAGUGUCAUAGACUACAACAGCUCAAGUACUGAUUUUAAUGUCUGGGAUAGUCUUAAACAUUAGUUCCUUCUGGUGCAUGUAGGAGAUUCAGUUGACUCUAGUCUUAACAUAAUUUUUUUUCAUGUUCGUCAUUCUUUUCUUUUAGCUAGUGGUUUUAUAGAAUGAGGGCAUUAC